AUGGAUCGAUCUGGUAACGUCGCCCCUAGGCGACUGUCGUAUGCCUCGGUAGCCUCCGGAGCAGCAGGACCUCGACCAAUUCUGUCCUCGACUCCCAGCAGUUCAUAUCCACCACAGUCUCAAGAGCAAAGAUAUAUAAGACGACCGUCAAAUCUCGAUCAGGAUACCAGCGGAGUCUCCUACAGAAAACCGGCAUCACUUCCAGCCUACUCUCGUCGGUUCAAUCACCUACCUGGCAUGGCAGGCCACAAUACUGCCGGCUUUUUUGUCCCUGAUUACCUGCGCGAAUCGAGGUACGUGGCCAAAUUAGAGGCGGAACACAUGGCAAGAGUGAAGAGAGAGCGACAACAGCCUUCGGGGGCUCCCUCGAAUGCACCAUCGCUAUCUUCGAGUGCCAACAAUACCAAUGUCCAUCGAAUUGCCCCUUCACAUCGAGGGAUGACCUACGACGUCAUCGAAAGCAACCCUCCCAGAGAAGAGGAAGAGUUGAUGCCUCUACCUUCGAGAUGGAGUGAACAGGACCGAUAUCCGGGAUUGGACAUCACCAAUAACGGCUUCGAAGUUAAGUACAGUGGACAGCCAAGCAAAGCUGACAUCGAAGCUGCUUCUGUACGGGCAGAUUUUCCUAUGUCACCAGCGUGCGGGCUGUACUACUUCGAGGUCACGAUCAACAGCAAGAACAAAGAUACAGCAAUUGCAGUGGGCUUUUCGACCGCCGAAGCCUCAUUAGAGCGCUUGCCAGGGUGGGAGACGCACUCGUGGGGCUACCACGGAGAUGACGGGAAGAUGUUUUCAGGAGAGCAUGCUGGACGCAGCUAUGGUCCUACCUUUUCCGCCAACGAUGUGGUGGGGUGCGGUGUCGAUUUCAACCUCGGACAAGCAUUCUUCACUCUAAACGGACGUGACCUCGACGUUUGCUUCCGUGACCUUAAAGAACUCCGUCCUUUCCCUACCAUUGGCAUGAAAAAGUAUUCAGGAGCAUCUGUGACGGUGAACUUCGGACAGCGCCCGUUUGUUUUCGAUAUUCAAGGCAAGAUGGAUAGUUCGAAGCAGUCCGUUCGUGCCGACAUUGAAAAGGCGAAAACAUCUUCCCUCAGACCUGGAAUGGAUGAGAACAGCCUCAUCCAAGCCUUGGUCGCCCAGUACCUUGCUCACGACGGUUACGUCGAGACGGCAAAGGCUUUCACCGAAGAGCUCACACGCGAGAAGAAUGCACUGAACAGCGCCCAGCCGGGCACGACCGUCAUCGCGCCUGCAGCCGACGACACCGAGGCUGUCCAUCGGCAAAAGAUUCGAAGUGCAAUCUUGGAGGGUGACAUCGACAAAGCACUGGUGAUCACGCGGGAGAAGUUCGCCAAUGUUCUAGUUGAUAAACCACAGAUUUUGUUCCGCCUCCAAUGUCGCAAGUGGGUCGAGCUCAUCAGCAAGGCCGCCGAUCUCAAGGCGCAGAGCGACCCCAAAUCUAAGCAGAAGAAUGCCAGCAACGGCUUCGGCAAAGACUCCGCCGUCGAGGACGAAUUUACGCAAGACAUGGAGCUAGACGAGCAGCCGAACGGCAAGCCUUCGACAGCCGAGCCGGGUCAGAGUCAACAGUACGAUCAGCUUUUGACAGAGGCUAUGAACUAUGGACAAGUGCUGCAGAGAGAGUACCGUGAUGAGCAGGAUGGAGAGUGGAAUAAGACCCUACUGGACAUCUUCAGCCUGGUUGCAUAUGAGAAUCCUCGGGACAGCGUGCACGGGGCGCUCCUUGAUCGCAAAGGAAGAGUGGCUGUUGCCGAAGAGCUGAAUUCGGCGAUCCUGGUGUCGCUCGGUCGAUCACCCGCGGCUGCGCUCGAGAAGGUGUACCGUCAGACAGAGGCUCUGGUGGAUAUUCUGGGCCACGAAGGAGGGCCGGCGGCGUUUGUAAAUCUGGAGAAGGAUCUGCGUUGA